CCUCAGCACAUCUUUGUAGCAGCCGCCCGGAGAUUUCCCUCCGGACUCCGAACUGUCGACUUUUUCUUUACCACGGUAGAGCCUCACUAUAUUGGUUUGCUGCGAGAAUUGCCUGGUGGAUCGCUGUUGUAACCUUAGAAUCAAGCCUGUAGUGAAUUCCACCUGUAAUAUGAGUGGCCUUGGAUUUCAACUCUUUCGCUUGUCCAUUAGAAGGAAUCGGACUGGAGCUUCUACAGCCGGUUGGAAUAUUGGUUUAAGAUAUAUUUGUUGUGACCCAUCAAUGGGGCGGCGCACGAAAGAAGUAGGCCUUUCUCCAUUUCGGCUACUUGGGCCUCCAGAAGUCCCUCCUGUGAAUUCAUAUCCAGAUUAUACUCAAGACCCUAUCCGUGAUAGACUCAACAACCGGAGAAAGCCGUACAUACAGUCCUGGGGUUGCCCCUUCCUGAGCGAUCCGUUCAUAUACUGGGGUUCUAUCCCCAACCUGAGCGAGCCGUACAGACACCCGGGUCCAGAAGAAGGAAGUCCGUGUCUAUUUUUUUUUAGAAGCUUUAUAUAUAAGCAAAGCACUUAUAUUCUACGCAGGAAAGAUGGUUCAACAGAUGUUCUGCAACACUUCUUGAAGUUGUCCUGGAGUCACUGUCCCCAAACCACUCUCAAACUCAUUUGCCUCUUGAGGAGGACCGGUCUUUUUAGUAAACAAAGCAGAGAGGAUUUCUACACAGCAGCUAUAUGGCUCCACCGAUACCACUCUGAAACAUUAGCAUACAACGUGGGGGCAUUUGCCAAAUUUGGGUGUUUAAAAGACUUGCUGGAAAUUCUCUACCGGAUUCUCAAUGGGCUACAAGUUCGGCACAUCCAAAUUAUGGGGAGGGAUAAGGAUAGGAACGAGCGACAGAAAGCAAAGAUGAUAGUGAAAAGACAGCUACUCCAUAUAAUUAGGCUGAAGAAAAUGAAUUAUAAGGAAAUUCAGAUAAGAACUAGAAAGCAACAAAAGAGAUUGGUGGCAAAGAUAAUGAAGCCUAAAGUACUGCAGGAAGGGAGCGUCACACAUUUGAGAAAUGAGAAAAGAAUUAUGAUGGCAAAGAAGGCCAUUGAGAGGUACAACCAUGAUCCAAAAUACCGUUACUUACACAACCAGAUUGCCAAUCUUUUUGCAAAGCUACUUAAGGCUGACCUCGAGUACUCGAUUUCUGGGCAGAUGGAAAAAAUCAGUCUGGCUUCAAAAUGGUGCCCUUCUCUUGACUCAUCUUAUGAUCGUUCAACUUUAUUUUGUGAGAGUGUUGCAAGGAAGCUUUUUCCAUAUGAUUCUUGUCCUGAGUACAGAGAGCUUGAUGAGGCCCAUUAUGCUUAUAGAAUUCGAAAUCGAUUACAAAAAGAAGUCUUGGUCCCGCUACGCAGAGCUCUAGGCUUGCCAGAAAUUUACAUGAGUGCCCGUCAGUGGAACUUGCUUCAAUAUGAUCAGAUUGCAUCUAAUGCCAUGAAAACUUACAAGAGAUUGUUCUAUAAACACGAUCACAAUGGGAUUUUGCAGCACAAUGUGCCAAAAACAAGUACCAAAGAAUUGUACCCUCAUGAGAUAUUAUGGCUCUUAGGUUGUCAUAGUGGUCAUGAAGUUGCUGACCUGCAAUGGAAAAGAAUGAUAGAUACCUACUUUAGCAAAGGAAAGUUUGUAAACUGCAUUUCAGUAGUUGAUGCUACCCUAUUUUGCAAGGGAAUUGAUUGUACGGAAAGAUUUUGCCUAGCAUUUCCGCUGAUGACAUCUGAACUCUGUGCAAGCCCAUGGAGGGGAAAGGUCUUGACAUACAGUAACAAUCCUGCGUUUGUGAACAUUGAAGGAGAUGAUCUUGCAUCAAGGAUAAGUUUUUUGAGUUCUCUACCAAAGGGUAAAUGCCCGAAGGUCGUACAGUUGUUGGAUAAAAUUUUGGAAACUGCAAUAGAUUUGAAAUUGAGUAAAGAGAAUAUGAUUGAAAGGAUUUUCGUCUUUGAUCAUUGGGGUUAUUGUUUUAGCGGUUGGGUGGAGAUUUAUGAGAGAAUGCGUGAAAAGUAUGAAAGGAAUGGGUAUGUGAUGCCAAAGUUUGUGCAUUGGAGGCAUCAAGAUCUGUCGCGUGACUUCUAUUUCUCGGUUAAGGGUGACUUAACAGAAAUAAGGGCACCAAAGACAAGUUUUAGAAAUUUCUUGGAGAACAACGGGACCUUGAUCAGUCCAAUGGUUGUGAUGGAAUCGAAGAUAUACAGUGAAGAUUACUUGAAACUUGUGGUGCGUGAUUAAGUUUUUGUUAUUUUCUUUAUGAUAAACCUUUUGCUUAAGGUAUUAUGGUUACGUUUGUGUGAGCAGGUAAUAGGUAGUACUGCUAAUGGUUUAGUCUCGCAUAACCGUCAUUGAUAGAAGAACUCUUUACGUGCAUUUAUUCUUAGUUGAGUAGACUACAUAAAAAUAUCGAAGGCCGACUAUUUAUGAUUUGA